CACAAAAUGCAGCGCGGUCUUCCUAUGCAACCGACCGUGGUUCUCCUUAAGGAGGGCACGGAUACAUCGCAGGGCAAGGGACAACUGCUAUCCAAUAUUUCGGCAUGUCUUGCCAUCUCCGAGACACUUUCCAGCACGCUUGGACCUCGGGGCAUGGACAAACUCAUAGUCAAUGAAAGGGGGGACGCUCAGAUCACGAACGAUGGCGCGACUAUCCUGAAGUUGCUUGAUAUUGUUCACCCUGCCGCCAGGACUCUCGUCGACAUCGCGCGAGCCCAAGAUGCCGAGGUGGGAGAUGGAACAACAAGUGUGGUCCUUCUUGCCGCGCAGCUACUAAAGGAGGUCCGAGGCUACAUCGAAGAAGGUGUCAGUCCGCAGAUAAUCAUGAAAGGUUUCCGUCAGGCGGCGCAGUUGGCACUCGACCGUAUAAAAGCCAUUCAGGUCACAGUCGACAAGUCAAAUCCAGAACACUUCCGCUCUCUCCUACUCAAAUGCGCGUCAACGUCGAUGUCCUCAAAACUCAUUCAUUCCGAAAAGCCUUUCUUCUCCAACAUGGUUGUUGAUGCUGUACUAUGUCUCGAUCAAGAUGACCUGGAUGAAAACCUCAUCGGCGUCAAGAAGAUUGCUGGUGGAGGCAUGCAGGACUCCCUCUUGGUCAACGGCGUUGCAUUCAAGAAGACCUUCACAUACGCCGGAGCCGAGCAGCAGCCCAAGUCCUUCCGCGAUCCUCUCGUCCUCAGCUUGAACGUCGAGCUGGAGCUGAAGGCAGAGAAGGACAACGCUGAGGUUCGUGUGGAGGCCGUGUCAGACUACCAGGCGAUCGUCGAUGCAGAAUGGGAAAUCAUUUACCGGAAACUUGAGGCCAUCGAGAAAACUGGUGCCAAGAUUGUGCUUAGCAAGCUCCCAAUCGGAGACCUUGCUACUCAGUGGUUUGCGGACCGUGACAUUUUCUGUGCAGGUCGCGUGCCUGCCACGGACUUGCAGAGAGUGGUGCAAGCUGUCGGCGGCUCCAUUCAGUCAACGUGCUCGGACAUCCGCCGUGAACAUUUAGGCACUUGCGGGCGUUUCGAAGAACGACAGUUCGGCGGCGAGCGAUACAACAUCUUCGAAGAAUGCCCGAAGGCGAAGACAUGUACUCUGCUGCUUCGUGGAGGUGCGGAGCAGUUCAUAGAAGAGGUUGAACGCAGUCUGCAUGACGCGAUCAUGGUGGUGAAGAGGGCAGUCAAGAAUGGUGACGUCGUUGCAGGCGGAGGCGCCAUCGAGAUGGAUCUGUCGGCGCACAUCCGGAAGCACGCUUUGUCGAUACCUGGGAAGCUGCAGCUCGUGAUGAUCGCGUUCGCCAAGGCGCUCGAAAUCAUCCCGCGUCAGAUCUGCGACAAUGCCGGUCUCGACUCCACAGACAUCUUGAACAAGCUUCGAAUGAAGCAUGCCACCGGCGAGACAUGGUCUGGCGUGGACGUUGAUGGUUCCGAAGGCGUUCGCAACAACAUGGAAGCAUUCGUUUGGGAGCCGAGCCUGGUGAAGGUGAACGCUAUUAGUAGCGCGACCGAGGCUGCCUGCUUGAUUCUCAGUGUCGAUGAGACCGUCCGGGGACCUCAAAGCGAGGGGGCGAAUCCGGGUCCGAAAGCACCUCCAGGCACAGCACAGCGUGCCUUGCGAGGCCGGGGCAGGGGAAUGCCAAGGCGGUGAAAAGAAUAGUAGAUGAAUCCCAUUGUAUCAAUAUCGUUAGUCCUUUACUAGUGGCUAUUACUUACUGACACCGGGCAUUCCUACUUC